AAGAUGAGGACAAGGAAGCCUCCCUGCCCAGUAGAAAAAGUGUGGGUAGACAAGCACAAAUAUGAUGAAGCAGAGAGACUGCAUUAUGAAAGAGAAGCGAUGCUAGCUGCUGCGGCCCCGGAGGAGUGCCAGGAGGUAGAGGCUGUAAAUGGAGUCUGCAAUGACGACUCUGUUGAAAGUGAGUUCAAGGGAGACCUGAAGAGAGCAAGGAAUGGAAAGAAACAAAGGAAACGGAAGCGUUCUCCAAAACCCAAAAAUGUGACCUCCAAGUUAGACUCUAUUCUGACUGGUUUGUUAGCUGACCACGUGUGGUUUGACAAGCCUUUGUACGAUCACGCUGAGAACGUGUACAGGAAAAAAAUAGUGGAUUGUCAGAGCCAGGAGGCACCUGAGGCUGCAGUAACUGCUGAGCAGUUCCCUUUAGUGGCCAGGUCAAAAGCUGUCCAAGAUGUUCCAAAGCCAAGGAUGCUUUCAGCAGCCCUGCCCUGCUUCCAUGGUAGUCUGUCUGCGUGUCACCAUGUUGUUCAGGAUGUCUGGGUCAACAAGUUUGACUUUGAUAAGGCUGAGGAGGUGUUUGUUGAAAAAUCCCAAUUCUUUGUUCCUCCAAACGUCCUAACCAUCCCAUCUGCGUGGUCAAACGCUGGCAACGUUGGGCUGAGAACGCCGGAUGAGGGCUAUGCUACAGCCCUGCCUACUCCUGCUACACCAAGCUUAGCUCCAGAGACCGUUGCUGAUUCUGCUGCUUCCUUCGUUACCAGUUUGCCUGGCUCUGUACACCAGACAGUAAAUGGUAAGCCGCAGAUUUCAAGCUUGCAGGCUCUCAUGUCAGAGGUGUGGUUAGAGAAACCCCUCUAUGAUGAUGCUGAGAAGAGCUUCUACGAGAACAUGUUUGAUGGUCAUCCAUCAGGCAAAGUCAGGCAGCAGCAACGUGGCUGCCCCGAAGCAUUGAAGAACCACCACGAGGACAGGAAGAACCACAGUGUUGGAAAGCAAACAGGCGUCAAACAAGUGGAGAUCGCCACCGACUCUCUGCUUCCCAGUAAUGCUGAGCAACCUCCACCUACCCGCUUUUUUCUGCAUGAAGACAGCGAAACUGUGUGGCUUAAUAAGCCGACAUAUGACAGUGCUGAGUCACGAUACUAUGCAGCCGAGGCUCUGAAAAUGUCGAGAACAGGAGAGAGUACGGGGAUGCAGGAAUCUGCAGUAGUAAAACCCUCCCAACCAGCUGCUUACGCUUCAAGCGUACCUGCGCCAGAAACGAAAAAAAUGGCAGUUGACUACUUUUUGCAUGAGAAGAUCUGGUUUGAGAAAUACAAGUAUGACGAUGCUGAGAGAAGAUACUAUGAGCAGAUGAACGGGCCAGUUAGCAGCUCUUCACACCAGCAGGAGAACGGAGCCAGCACGAUCCUACGCGACAUUGCCAGAGCCAGGGAGAAUAUCCAGAAAUCGCUGGCCGGAAAGACAGUUCGUAGUAAAGAAGCUCCUUCUGCCCGUCACAAGAGGCAGUCAGGCCGCUCAACUAGUGCAAGCACAACCUCUUCUGGGCCUGCUGGUGACCAAAAUGAACUCCUUUCCAGAAUUUCUCACCUGGAGGUAGAAAAUCAAAACCUUCGCAGUGUUGUUGCAGACCUUCAGAUGGCCAUCUUCAAGUUGGAAAGCCGCCUGAAUGCUCUGGAAAAGUCAUCUACCUCCCACCAGCCCUCACCAGUUCCUCCAACCCAGAAAGUUGAACCAUUCAGUGUUCCCUCCAAGAAAGUGGAGCUCCCAUCUGCUUCACCAGCAAAGAAAGUCGAGCCAGCUGCUGCAGAAGAAGAUGAUGAUGAUGACAUUGACCUUUUUGGUAGUGACGAUGAAGAGGAAGACCAAGAGGCUGCCAAAGUCCGGGAGGAGAGACUGCGUCAGUACGCAGAGAAGAAGGCCAAGAAACCGGGUCUUAUUGCCAAGUCUUCUAUCCUUCUGGAUGUGAAGCCAUGGGAUGAUGAGACUGACAUGGCAAAGAUGGAGGAGUGCGUCCGGUCCAUCCACAUGGAUGGGUUGGUGUGGGGAGCCUCCAAGCUGGUCCCAGUAGGCUAUGGCAUUAAGAAGCUCCAAAUCCAGUGUGUAGUGGAAGAUGACAAAGUUGGGACAGACAUCCUGGAGGAGGAGAUCACCAAGUUUGAAGACUACGUGCAGAGCGUUGACAUUGCUGCUUUCAACAAGAUCUAGAAGCAAAACUGUAUCCCUUCUGAAACUGUUAACUAAUAAAGAUCAAGACUGAGAGUGCAG